AUGUCUACUCGUCAACAGCCGGCAUGGCAGCAGCCUCCCCUGCAUGAGGGUGUGCAACUGCCGCCCUUGAAGGUCUACAACUCGUUGACCAAGUCUAAAUCGCCCUUCAUUCCUGUCGAUCCGUCCGGCAAGAAGGUGACCUGGUACGCCUGCGGGCCGACCGUUUACGACGAUGCGCAUUUAGGUCAUGCCCGCAACUAUGUGAGCACUGAUAUCAUUCGGCGCAUCAUGCGCGACUACUUCAAAUUCGACCUCGAGUUCAUUAUGAACGUGACAGACAUUGAUGAUAAGAUUAUCCUCCGCGCAAGGCAACAACAUCUCUUCAACGAGUUUGUCGCCGUGAACCCCGUCGUCAACGCGGAAGUGAUUGACACCACAAAGAACGCCUACAAAGCAUACUUGAAGAAGAAUCUGUCCCUCUUGGACCCUGAAUUGGCUCCGUCACAAUACCAAGAUACUGUGGCGAAGGAAUAUGCGACGGUGUUGAGUGGUGGUGCUCUCCCGGGCAAUGAGAAGGCGGGCGAUGACGAGGCCAAGGUCAAGAUGCACAUCAAGACAGCCGGCUCGGCGGCGAAGGUUCUGGCGCAAGCCGAGCGCGGUAACAGCGGUUCGGAUCCUGCAUUGUUUGCCGAGUCCUUCUACACAGACGCGCAAGAUGUCCUUCUCCCAUACUUGGAUGCUCUGAAGGGUACUUCUAUUGAUGCCGACGACCACGGUAUCUUCACCAAGCUUACUCGAAAGUACGAGGAGCGUUUCUUGACAGAUAUGCGUGACUUGAAUGUCCUCGACCCUGAUGAGUUGAUGCGCGUGACAGAUCAUGGUCAAGAAAUUGCCGAUUACGUGGACCGCAUUGUAAAGAACAAUUUCGGUUACACCACCAAGGAUGGAUCCGUCUACUUUGACAUUGAGUCUUUCGAGGCAGCUGGGCACCCAUAUGCGCGUUUAGAGCCAUGGAGUCGCUCGGACAACAAACUGGCGGCUGAGGGAGAAGGCUCAUUGACCAGCAAGUCGACUGAGAAGCGCGGCGCUUCAGACUUCGUUCUCUGGAAGGCUUCCAAGCCGGGUGAGCCCAGCUGGCCCAGCCCUUGGGGCAAGGGACGUCCCGGUUGGCACAUCGAGUGCAGUACCCUUCACGGUAUUCGCCUGGGUAGCCGCAUCGAUAUCCACUCAGGUGGUAUUGAUCUGGCUUUCCCCCACCACGACAAUGAAUUGGCCCAGAGCGAGGCUUACUUCAACAGCCACAACCAUGACCAAGUCAUCAACUACUUCUUGCACAUGGGCCACUUAUCAAUCCAAGGGUCCAAGAUGUCCAAGUCUCUGAAAAACUUCACAACCAUUCGCGAAGCUCUCAACCGAAAGGAAUGGAACCCGCGAAGCUUGCGCAUUGUAUUCCUACUAGGUGGUUGGAAGGAUGGUGUCGAGAUCACUGACGAGCUUGUGAGCACCGGGAUCGCUUGGGAAGAGAAGCUCAACAACUUCUUCCUGAAGGUCAAGGAUCCCGCCGCCCUGCAAGGCUCUGGUACCGAUACGGCCUUUGCUGCUGAUGUUGAGGCGACUAAGACUGCGGUCUACAACCAGCUUUGCGACUCCUUCAACACACCCGGUGUCAUGCAAUCCAUCUCCGAACUCAUUACCAAGUACAACAGUGCCGACAAGGCUGCACUGAAUCCGAAAGAUGUCGAGGAUGCUGCUCGCUGGAUCACUUCCAUUGUCAACAUUUUCGGUCUGAACGGAACAAAGACCGCUGAUAGCACCGAGAUUGGUUGGUCUGGGAUCGAUGUCCCGGAGGAGGCGAAGCCAUUCCUUUUCCCACUUUCUGCCAUGCGUGAUACUCUCCGCCAAGCCGCCCGCUCCAAGGAGGGUGUCUCGUCCAGCCAAAUCGAAGAGGCAAUCAAGCAAGAUUCUGCACCAAAGGAUGUCUCCGAGUCUGCCAAGCCCUACGCCGAGCUUCUCUCUACCUUCCGCACCAAGGUUUCUUCUCUGAAGUCGUCGGACUCCAUUGGCAAGGAUAUCCUCGCCCUUUGCGACCGCGUCCGAGACAUCGAUCUGUUUGAGCUGGGUAUUUACCUUGAGGAUCGUGACAACCUCCCCGCUCUUGUCCGCCCUGUCACUCAAGAGAUGAUCCAAGCACGCGAGGAGAAGGAGGCACGCGCUCGUCAGAAGCAAGCUGACAAGCUGAAGCGUGAACAGGAGGCUCAGAAGCAACUGGAGAAGGGCAAGUUGAGUCACUUGGAGAUAUUCCGGACGAACGAAUACAGUGCUUGGGACGACGACGGUCUCCCGACCCACGAUUCAAAGGGCGAAGAGCUUACCAAAAGCCGGGCGAAGAAGCUUCGCAAGGACUGGGAGCGGCAGAAAAGGGCGCACGAAGCAUGGGUGGCUGCUCAGGCCAAGUAG